UGCGCCUACUCGUGCCAACCGGGAGUUCUCGAGGCAAAUCUUACGGAAUAGUGACUCGAUACUAGUAACCGAUCCUCUCUUCACUGGAUUGAAAACAAGGACACCUCAUUGGCAGAUAUGAAUUCCUUCAGUCCUUUGCCAACAUCUCCCUUGUCUAUGGUAAACCAAUAUAAGUUUGAAGAUGAGCCAGACCUGAAAGAUCUCUUCAUUACCGUCGAUGAUCCCGAAAGCCACAUUACUGCAAUUGAAACUUUCAUUACUUACAGAAUCACGACUAAGACAUCUCGUGGUGAGUUUGACGCUAGUGAGUAUGAAGUACGAAGACGUUAUCAAGAUUUUCUUUGGUUAAAAGGUAAACUUGAGGAUGCACAUCCCACUCUGAUUAUUCCUCCUUUGCCAGAAAAGUUUAUAAUGAAAGGAAUGGUGGAACGAUUUAAUGAUGAUUUCAUUGAGACUCGCAAAAAAGCAUUACAUAAAUUUUUAAACCGAAUUGCUGAUCAUCCAACUUUAACUUUCAAUGAAGACUUCAAGGUGUUUCUUACUGCACAAGCAUGGGAACUUUCCUCGUACAAGAAGCAAGGUCCUGGCUUGCUUAGCCGGAUGGGACAAACAGUCAGAGCUGUAGCCUCCUCUGUGAGAGGGGUGAAAAACCGCCCCGAUGAAUUCAUCGAAAUGAGUGACUACGUGGAAAUAUUUAGCCAGAAAAUAAACUUGAUAGACAAAAUAUCUCAUAGAAUUUACAAGGAAGAAAGGGAAUAUUUUGAAGAAAUGAAGGAAUAUGGACCAAUCCAUACCUUGUGGUCUGCAUCAGAAGAGGAUCUGGUAGAAUCCUUGAAAGGGGUGGCCAACUGCAUUGACAGAUGUUGCAAGGCUACUGAAAAAAGGUUGUCAGGAUUUUCAGAAACCCUACUGCCAGGGGUUCAUGAAUAUGUUCUUUACAGUGAAACCUUAAUGGGCGUAAUGAAAAGAAGAGACCAAAUACAAGCUGAACUGGAUUCCAAAGUUGAAGCUUUAACCUCCAAAAAGACGGAAAAGGAAUCGCUUUCAGAAGAGAUUGGAAAGCUCGAAGAUAAAAUGGAAUGUGCAAAUAAUGCUCUCAAAGCAGAUUGGGACAGAUGGAAACAAAACAUGCAAAAUGAUAUCAAGGCAGUGUUCACAGAUAUGGCUGAGAAGAAUGUUCACUAUUAUGAAGAGUGCCUUGCUAUAUGGGAGUCCUUCCUUGCAUCCCAAACAACCGACCUUCACUUAGAAGAAGCCUCUGAAGAUAAACCUUGACCUUCCAUGAAAUAUCUUGACUACUGGAUGGUUCCUACCAACCAAAGAGAGGUGCUCACUUUAUGAAAUCAGCUGCAUUCUUGUAUGUACUCUGUGGAAAAUCAAUGACUUCUGGAAAGCCAACCAUUUGAAGACUCAGGUAUUCCAGGGUCCUGACCUCCAUUUCAAUCGCGGUAUAACAUUGCUUAUUUUUACAUUCCUUCUUCCUACAUUUUUUUCUGCAAAUAUUGACCUUAUAGCAAUUGUUUUGUUCACUAUUCUGUAAUUGGGAUAUAAAAUAUUUUAAAUAUGAUGUAAAGGCUUCAUUUUAAUAAAAUGUUUAAUAAAAGCAAA